UUGGACUACAUAGAGAUGCCAAAAACCAUUCGAUUGGAUUCCUUUCGCUACAUCACCAAUGAAGCAUGGAGAGCUCUGAUUGCUAUUGAAAUGGGUAUGAAGAAUCACGAAGUGGUCCCGUUAGAAUUAGCUCAAAAGAUCUCUCGGUGCAAACGGAGUGGUUCUGGCUUUCUGAAAUUGAUCAAAGACCAGCUUGUGUCGAACAGCUUGGUAGCCUACGAGUCUGAUUCUCGCCGAUGUGUUUGCGGCUAUCGGCUGACCAAUUUGGGCUACGACUAUUUGGCUCUCCAUCAGCUGUUCAACUCCGGUCAGUUAUGUGAUUUGCGAACCAUGAUCGGCGCUGGUAAAGAAUCAGAUGUCUACUUGGCCAUUGCCGGUAACAACUGUGGACAGCAAAUCGCUGACGAGACAACGUUCGAACUGAUGAAGAUAGAAUUUGGCUCUCCUGUUGUAGUGAAGUUCCAUCGUCUUGGCAGAACAUCGUUCCGAAAAGUCAAGGAAAAGCGAGAAUAUCAUCAGCACAGAAAGGCCUGCUCAUGGCUCUACUUGGACCGCUUGGCUUCCAGCCGAGAGUUUCUCAUGAUGAAAGCUCUUCACUCUCAUCAUGUCGCAGUACCUCAACCUCUAGCACACAAUCGGAACGCCGUCGUAAUGUCCUAUGUAGCUGACUCUUGCCCCCUGUCCCGAGUGGUUCCAAGUGUUUUCCGUGUGUCGGAAGGUCUGUUGGCCAAAGAACUCUAUUCGCAGGCCAGGGAAAUGCUCCAGAAAAUUGCUUCACUCGGUCUCAUUCACGGUGACUUCAACGAGUUCAAUUUGAUGGUGGUUGGCCUGGGCGAUGUUGAACUUGAUGCCGUCGCUGAAGAUACUCUAUCGACCGUAAAGCUAGUGUUGAUCGAUUUUCCACAAAUGAUUAGUCGGGCGCAUCCUACUGCUGAAAUCAUAUACCGGCGGGAUGCAGAAGGGAUCGUCAGCUUCUUCUCCCGCUUUUUCGAAAUACCCGAAGAGGAUCUUCCCCUGUCACUGUCUGAAAUCAAGCGAACUGCUUAUCUAGAUGUAGAAGUUAGAGCGCCUGGUUUCCCGUCCAAGAAAUUCCAGCGCAGAGGCCGAACUCGAGAUGAUCAUCAGGUACUGCUAGGUGCGACUUCCAGACGGAAGGCUUCCUGCAGUGAAGAUGAUGGCGACGACUCGAAUGAUUCAUCGGAGGACAGUGAGUGCGAAGUUUCCUCCGUUGCAUCCACUGAGAGUGAUCAGGACAGUGUUCACAGAACAGCGGAUGAAGAAUCCCAGUCGACCGAGCAGUCGUCUUCGGAUGAUGAGCCGCCUGACAAAGCAGACCUCAGAUCAAGUCCUAAAGUUAAGCUACCUACAGUUCCAGAGAUUAAGCCAACAAGCAGUAACGGUCUGAUCAGUCAAGAGGAAAUUCGGGCCCGUCACCGACGGGAGAAACGUCAACAGGAACAAAUGAACUUUCAGCGGAACGUCAAGCGUCAUAUGCGGGCUAACGUCAAGCGCCAAGGCCGAGCCAGCCUAAAAGCUGAACUCACACUUUUCGGUUGAUCCGGACGUCCUAUCUGUUCCAAUUGUUGUACAGUGAUUUCCAAUAAUCUUGAU